AUGGCGUACAUCCAGUUGGAACCAUUAAACGAGGGUUUUCUUUCUAGAAUCUCCGACUUGCUGCUGUGUAGAUGGACUUGCCGCCACUGCUGUCAAAAGUGCUAUGAGUCCAGCUGCUGCCAGUCGAGUGAGGAUGAGGUUGAAAUCCUGGGACCGUUUCCUGCUCAGACUCCACCCUGGCUGAUGGCCAGCCGCAGCAGUGACAAGGAUGGAGACUCUGUCCACACAGCCAGCGACAUCCCGCUGACCCCACGCACCAACUCCCCGGAUGGGAGACGCUCUUCAUCAGACACGUCCAAGUCCACAUACAGCCUGACGCGGCGGAUUUCCAGUCUUGAUUCCCGACGUCCAAGCUCCCCACUCAUCGACAUCAAGCCCAUGGAGUUCGGUGUUCUCAGUGCUAAGAAGGAGCCCAUCCAGCCCUCAGUGCUGAGACGGACCUACACCCCAGAUGACUACUUCCGCAAGUUUGAGCCCCGAUUGUAUUCCCUGGACUCCAGCAGCGAUGACGUGGACUCACUGACUGAUGAGGAGAUCUUGUCCAAGUACCAGCUGGGCAUGCUACACUUCAGCACCCAGUAUGACUUGUUACACAACCACCUUACAGUGAGGGUGAUCGAAGCGAGGGACCUGCCACCCCCCAUCUCCUACGACGGCUCUCGCCAGGAUAUGGCCCACUCAAACCCCUACGUCAAGAUCUGUCUCCUGCCGGACCAGAAGAACUCGAAGCAGACAGGGGUCAAGCGCAAGACCCAGAAGCCAGUGUUUGAGGAGCGCUACACCUUCGAGAUCCCCUUCCUCGAGGCUCAGAGGAGGACCCUGCUCCUGAGCGUGGUGGAUUUUGACAAGUUCUCCCGCCAUUGUGUCAUUGGCAAGGUCUCUGUGCCUUUGUGCGAGGUUGACCUGGUGAAAGGUGGGCACUGGUGGAAGGCGCUGAUCCCCAGUUCUCAGGAUCUUAUUCAAAUGUCACUGCUCCUUUCUGUCUCUCGUCCUUCCAUCUUCUUUUGGUACCCCUUUGUGAAAAUACAACUGGUACACAGACUCAAGCUUGUAAAAACCAAGAAGACCUCCUUCUUAAGAGGCACGAUCGAUCCUUUCUACAAUGAAUCCUUCAGCUUCAAAGUUCCUCAGGAAGAACUGGAAAAUGCCAGCCUGGUGUUUACAGUGUUCGGCCACAACAUGAAGAGCAGCAACGACUUCAUCGGGAGGAUUGUCAUCGGCCAGUACUCGUCAGGUCCCUCCGAAUCCAACCACUGGCGACGGAUGCUGAGCACCCACCGCACAGCCGUGGAGCAGUGGCAUAGCCUGAGAUCCCGAGCAGAGUGUGACCGCGUGUCCCCUGCCUCACUAGAGGUGACCUGA